AUGUCUGAACAACAACAAACUAUUGAUAGUCAGACAGAUGUACAACAACAUGAACAAGAGCAUCAAGAUCAACAAGAGCAAUCAGAACAGAAACAGGAGGAGCAACAACAUGUGAAUAAUGAUAACACCACGACAACAGAUACAACAUCAACUCCAACAACGACAACAAAGGACAAUGAUAAUGUCAAGGAUAAGAAUCCUUCAAUAGUCAUUGAAUCAUCUAGUCCACCUGCACCAACAAAGAAUACCACAGAGUCAACAACAUCUACAACAUCAACUCCAUCAACAGAGACAACAACACAGACAAAGACACAAAGAUCACCUAUUAUUGAGAGUGCCAAUAUAUCAUUCCAAGAGCGUUUGCACUAUUAUAAAGAGGCACUCAAGCCAACAACAUUGGAUCUCACUGUCAUUCAGCAUCUCGCUGAACAAGGCAUACCCGAGGCCAAUGGACUACGUUCAAUUUACUGGAAGAUACUAUUACACUACCUACCAAUUGAACAAUCAAGAUGGGCAUCAUUCACAGAGAGCAGUCGUGCAACAUAUCAAGAAUGGAUCAAUGAGUUGAUGGUCAAUCCAUACAAAGAGAUUGAACAACGAAAGAAUGAUCAUCCUUUGAGCACAUCAGAUGACAGCAAGUGGAAUGAGUACUUCAAGGACCAGAAUAUAUUGGUGGACAUUGAGAAGGAUGUGAGGAGGACAUUCCCAAUGCUGCACUUCUUCAAUCAUGAGGAGGGCGGCAAGUCGAUACACUACGAAGCACUGAGACGUAUAUUGUUCAUCUAUGCCAAGCUCAACCCGGGCAUUCGCUACGUACAGGGCAUGAACGAGUUGCUCGGACCAAUCUACUACACGUUCGCCACCGAUCCCCUGCCCGACUGCAAGGCCAACGCCGAAGCCGACGCAUUCUACUGCUUCACCAACCUGAUGAGCGAGGUUCGCGACAACUUUUGCAAGACGCUCGACAAGAGUGAGAGUGGCGUCAUUGGCAACAUCAAGAAACUGAACCUCUUGCUCAACAAGAAGGACAGACAGCUGUGGAAGGACAUGGAGGAGAAGAAACUACAUCCACAAUUCUACAGUUUCCGAUGGAUUACCCUAUUACUCUCACAAGAGUUUGAGUUACCCGAUGUCCUUCGUCUCUGGGACUCACUAUUCUCUGAUCCCAAUCGCUUUGACUUCCUCUACUACUUCUGUUGUGCAAUGUUAAUAUGUGUAAGACAACAAUUGUUGGAUUCACCAUUCGCGGACAACUUGAAGAUGUUGCAACAUUAUCCAAACAAUAUUGACUUUCAUACGAUAUACUCAACGGCACUAUCUUUGAAGGAUGGUACAUUCCAGUUGAACACAGAGGAUGUGUUCCAGUCGGGUCAAUCAUACUUCCAGAUGUUCAACCCAUUCUCCAAGGCCACAUCACCGCCCUCACCACUGGCCUGGUCACCAGCCAACAACAACUCGCCUCAUAUAUCACCGGCCAACUCUGGCAAUUCCAUACCGACAAUGGCACACAUACACCAGGCAUCAUCAUUAUCAUCUAAUGCCUCUUCUUCCAAUUCAUCAACAACAUCAUCUACAUCAAAUAGCUCAUCAUCAACAUCCACACAACAACAACAUCAAACCAAUAAUUCACCAUCACUAGUAUCAUCACUUUCACCACCGAUUGCAGAUUCAUUCAAGAGUUUCUUUAACAAGUUAGGAUCUCUAAGUAUACAUGGAAACAACAACAAACAGUAA